GUCCUCUGUAUUCCCAGGACUGUCCAGAGGAGAAGCUCCCAGAGAACCAUCAGAUGACAAAUCAGGAGGAAGAUCUGACUAUUAUCAAAGUGGAGGAUGAAGGAGAGUGGAUGAUGGGCGAUCCCCCGUGUAAGAGUGAGGUGGAGGAGGACAUUCCAGUCCAUGUGACCACAGGAAAUCCCAGUAAGAAUUCCGAGGGAGACUUCACAUUAUCACUAAAUUUUAAAGUAGAAGAUCAGGAUAUCACACAGUGCUCCUCAGGAGAAAACCUCAUUACACUGAUUGUAUAUCCAGUACUUCACAAUACAGAUCCAUCAUAUAAUCCUCCUGAUCAUGAGGAACCUUCUCCUGACCAGUCACAGAUUGUUACCACAAGUAUCGGGCAGACAAGGGGUAAAAAGUUUCAGUGUGGGGAAUGUGGAAAGCAGGUUACAAGCAGCUCAAGUCUUUCCAAGCACAGAAAAAUUCACACAGGAGAGAAGCCAUUUUCAUGUUCUGAAUGUGGGAAAUGUUUUAUCCAGAAAUCAGAUCUUGCAAAACACGAGAGAAUUCACACAGGAGAGAAGCCAUAUUCAUGUUCAGAAUGUGGGAAAUGUUUCACAGAAAAAUCUAGUCUCCUAACGCAUCAGAGGAUUCACACAGGGGUGAAACCGUAUUCAUGUCCAGAAUGUGGGAAAUGUUUUAUCCAGAAAUCAGAUCUUGUAAAACAUAAGAGAAUUCACACAGGAGAGAAGCUGUACUCAUGUCCAGAAUGUGGGAAAUGUUUCACUGAAAAAUCAAGUCUGCUUAUACAUCAAAGAAUUCACACAGGAGAAAAGCCAUAUUCAUGUUCAGAAUGUGGGAAAUGCUUUGUAAAUAAAUCACAUCUUGUUACGCAUGAGAGAAUUCACACAGGAGAGAAGCCAUAUUCAUGUUCAGAAUGUGGGAAAUGCUUUGUAAAUAACUCAGUUCUUUAUAGACAUCAGAGAAUUCACACAGGGGAGAAGCCAUAUUCAUGUUUAAUAUGUGAAAAAUGUUUCACAAGUAAAUCAGCUUUUACUGCACAUGAGGAAAUUCACACAGACGAGAAGCUGUAUUCAUGUUCAAAUUGUCAGAAAUUUUUUGCAGAAAAGUCAACUCUGGUUACACAUCAGAAAAUGCAUACAGUAGACAGACCAUUUUCAUGUUCAGAAUGUGGGAAAUGUUUUACAGAAAAAUCAAGUCUCCUUAUGCAUCAGAGAAUUCACACAGGGCUAAAGCCAUAUUCGUGUUCAGAAUGUGGAAAAUGUUUUAUCCAGAAAUCUGAUCUUGUAAAACAUGAGAGAAUUCACACAGGAGAGAAGCUAUAUUCAUGUUCAGAUUGUGGGAAAUGUUUCACAGAAAAAUCAACUUUGGUUACACAUCAGAAAAUUCAUACAGGAGAGAAGCCGUAUUCAUGUUCAGAAUGUGGGAAAUGUUUUAGAGAAAAAGCCAAACUCCAUUACCAUCAGAGAAUUCACACAGGAGAAAAGCCGUAUUUGUGUUCAGUGUGUAGGAAAUGUUUUAGAAAUAAAUCUGAUCUUAUAAGACAUGAGAGAAUUCACACAGGAGAGAAGCCGUAUUCAUGCCCAGUCUGUGGGAAAUGUUUUCUAACUAAAUCGGAUGAAAUUAGACAUGAGAGAAGUCACACAAAGGUUAAGCCAUUUUCAUGUUUACUAUGUAUGAAACGUUUUACAACAAAAUUAUACCUUGUAAGACAUGAAAGAAGUCACACAGAGGAGAAGCCAUUCUGAUGUUUUGUAUGUGAACAAUGUUUAACAAGGAAAUAAAUUUUUUAAUUCAUACAGAGAAGAAACCAUCUACUUGAAUUGUCCCCAGGAACCUUGCUUCUUCUCCUUACUGUAUUUAUACCUCCACCCUCACUCCAGGAGAAUCCAGAGGGACAUAGUAUAUAAAGAUAAAGCUGAUGGAACAGAAGAAAACAGUAAUAAUAAAUUGAAUUUGCAGGAAUGCACUGAGCAUGGCAGAUUACUGAUCAGCAUCAUUACUGUGCAGCGUUGGGCCCAUGGGUUCAAAUCUGACCAAGGACAACAUCUACAUGGAGAUUGUAUGUUCUUCCUAUGCGUGUGAAGUUUCCUCCAGAUUCUCAGCUUUGCUGUCACACUCCAGAAACAUACUGACAGGUUAAAGGGGUUUCUGGGAUUUCACUAUCUUCAGGUUAGGUCAUCAGUAGCUGAUUGGUGGUGGUCUGACACCCGGGGCCCCCGCUGAUCAGCUGUUUUCAGAAGACACCGGCUCUCCUGUGAGCAUCGCGGCCUUCUGUGUGCUUACCAAGCACAGUGCCAUACAUUGCAUAACGGCUGUGUUUGGUAUCACGCUCACACACAUAGAAGUAAAGGGGGCUGAGUGCGAUACCAAGCACGGCCACUAUACAAUGCACAGCGC